AGAGUACCACAAUAGUGCCACGGAUUCCGUCGAUUUGACGGUCUAAUUCUCCCUGUUUCUUUUUGGCCUGUUCCCCAAUUGUGCUACACAUCGGAUAGACUAAAUAGACGUGACAUGGCCUCCGCCGACCUCUGUUGGCAGAUCAUGCGUGUGCACUCUUGCCACAUUGUUAAGAAGAAUCAAGUUCCUAAAUGGUUCUCGACAGAUCCUCUCAACCCGAAGAACAUCCACGUAAAGAAAUUCUCCGGCAUGUCACAGCAGAAAGCCCUUACUGUCAAGGCUUCGCCGAAAGGCAAGGGUGUCAUUUUAGUGUCGAAAACCAAACACUUCAGGCUAAACAGUCCUUCGAAGUCGAUUCAGGAAAUACCCCUCACUAAGCACAUGAGGAAGAUCAACAAAUCACUUAACAGUCUUGCAAAGUCGUACGGCCGUGCAGACCUUGCCCUGACGCUGAAACGACGCGCCACCGCUUUGAUCCGCGCUCAGAGCAAGGCGAAGAGAGUCGCACCUGCUAAAAAAGACUGAGAUGAAAUAAAGCAGGAGUCCAAAGGCUUGUGGCUUUUGUGGACUGUAUAAUCA